AAGAGGAAAAAACAAGGAGAUCGCAACUUCACUUCGUUUGCGACCUUCACCGCGACCUGUACGCCUGUGCGAUAACCUUUUUUCCGGCCUCUUCGAUCGCUGUGAAUUUUUGCUUUUUUUCCGCGAGUUAUUCCGUCCAUGCUCGACCGGAGUUUUUGCGUCAUACCGUGUAUAAAUUAACAUAAAGAUUUUUACAUUGUCAUUAAAUCAUUUUUUAAUAAACCCCAUUGGGACAUUGCCGAUUUGGUACAACCCUACGCGUGUGCAUAGACACUAAACGUAUUUUGUGCAGAAAAUUAGUGGUGGUGCAAAAGAUCCAUAUGGAUGCCGAGAUGACAACUGUGCCCACGCCCACUGUGCGUUCCGCCGUCACGGUUCCGCGCCCUAGAGCCACACCAGUAGCAGCGCCGCGCACAACCAUCGCUGCUGCACCUCCCCGAGAAACUCCAUCGGCUCCGCGCAGUGACACGCAAGUACGGGCUCCGGAACCGCCACAACUUCAGUGCGAGCUAUGUCGCCGCCGACAUCGAUUGCCACAUUGUGGCAUCUUCAAGGGUAUGACACCUCAGCAACGUCAGCAGGUCGCCCAGGCCCACGGUCAUUGCUUGAAUUGUCUGGCGCCUACCCAUCUAACGCGCGAAUGCGCCACUGGGUAUCAGUGCCAGGUGUGUAUGGGUCACCAUCAUACGAUGCUCCACCGCAAUACCGGACCCGACGUCGAGCGUCAUCAUGCCCCCCGGGGCCGUACUGCCAGCCGACGACCCCCGCGACCGCAACCGCGAAGGCAAACCUUCCCUUCGGAGGAGUCCCGCUUCUGGCGUCAACGUCAUACCACCUCGUAUCGGAGGCGCCAUCCUAGACCGCAAGCCCGCCGUAAGACGGGCCUCAGCAACGUUGUAGCGACUCUACAACAACUACAGAGGUUACUAGGCUAAACACUCGCCUAGGGGGGCCAGGAUGUAUAAAUGAGCAUCUUUCCCCGACAUCCACACAUACACCACACUAUUACACCACAUCACCUCAACCUCCCAACACCGACACGCAGCUUCACCAUACCCACCAUCAACGCUUACAACCCACAUAUACGUACACCAACCAACCACAUCACACCAUCUGAUCGCCC